UUGCCUAGUGUGCGCUUACCCAAGUCUUAUCGAAGCCUAUGAAGACGUGUAUGUUGUUGCGACAAAGUUAAACAUUUAAGAAAUAAAUAAUUACUAUGUAAUUUAGGCAAAUUGUUCUAUUUAUAAAAUGUUGUUUGUUAUUAAUUUAUUAGUGUGCAUCACAACUAUAGUAUCUGCAAAUCCCACAGGAAGUUUUACUCCACUGCCUAAUAUCAAUAAUACACGACUGCCGACUAGGAGGAUACUACGAGGUCGCACCGUGGGAGACACCAGGCCCUAUAUGGUUUACUUGAGACCAGCGGCGGCAGCGGAUCCAAAGAUCCUGGAGACAAACUGGCUUUGUGGCGGAGUGAUCAUCCAUGAGAGAUACAUCCUCACAUCCGCUGCAUGCAUCGAGGAUGCGAAACAUUUCUAUGUCGUUUCUGGAUUAUCCACUUGGUAUCCUUUUCAAGAGCAAAACAACGAAUGCAUUGAGAAUGGUGCAAAGAAAGCUGUUUGGAAGUGUGUGCCGAAAUCUUACUACUUCGACGGCGAUGACUUCGACAAUAUUCGCUGGAUGGUCGGUGACAUAGCCGUCGUGAAGGUCGAAGACAAUUUCAACUUCGAGAGAAGAAUCCGUGGCUGCGACUUUAUACCAAAGAAAGUGGACUUCAACAAUCGAUCAGCUGAUUAUGAGAAAGCACGUCAAGUUGGUACAAUCGCUGGAUGGGGAACGACUGAGCGGUUUGGUGAUGAAGAUUUUCAACAGACUUAUCGAACCACAAUAAAUUCUCCAGCAUUGUUGGAGACAGACGUACAGUUAGUCUCAAAGAAGAACUGCAAGAGGCGCUGGGAACCUCGGUACCACUUCAUCAUAGACGAGCACAUGAUCUGCACGAGAGACAGCACUGAAGACGAUGGCAUGGGCACUGUUUGUUCGGAUCGUGAAGUCAACUGCAAAGAACUGGUUUAUAGCGAGGAGUCUUCUUCUUCUUCUGAUGACGAUCAUCAAAUGAAAAUCAAGAGACGAAUGAUGAUAGAGCCAAGUCAACUAGAAGUUCACACUGCACGCCAUGUCGUUGAUACUAGAAGAGUACAUAAAAUUACUACUGGAGGAUUUUGUGAGAACGAUCACGGUGGUCCCCUGAUCAUCGGGCAAGGCAAGAGUUCUAUGGUAAUAGGCGUCAUGUCUGCUUGCCUCACCAAGGACAUCGUCAGAAAAUGCUACGGACCCUUCCUCUACACCAGCGUGUACCGCUAUAGGAACCUCAUCACCUGCGCCAUUGACAAGGACCUUGGACCUACAUGCAGAAGAUUGCUACGGUCUUCGAAAACUCCUAUGAUUGAAACAACUUUUGAUUGGAGCAACCAUAUAGAUGGCCCAGCUAAGGACGAUCACUCAGCGCAUAAAGUACGUUCUGACGAUGUGGAUUCCGGUUACAAAAAGUCAGUAACAAAAACAGCCGCAAAAGCAAAACCCGUAGCAACAACGACUGCAGCUGAUUCUAGUGACACGUAGACAAUAAACCUUAGAGUUUUAACAAUAAAGUUCUUAUUCGUAGUGAUGUUACUCGUUUGGUUAUGAGGA